AUGACACAGCAGGGCUGCAAAAGAUUUGUAGGGCUCAUCUGCUGCCAGGCACUUGAUCCCUGCCCUCCUAGAAGGAGGAUGCCAGGUAUCACAGAGCCAACACUGUGGACCUACCUUGCUCUCUCCUUUCUCGCCGUUGGGUCUCGUCUCGGGAUCGUCGCUGUCCUCAGCGCCUGCACUCUCGACGGGCAGUUCAUCCUGAGCCAGCUGCUGCUGCGGCGGCUGGGGCUGGGGUGGCUGUGGCGGCGCCUGGCAGGCUCCGCCAGCCCCCUGGGAGCGGGGGAUGGGCUCCGGGCGCUGAGAAACUCCCUCAACAUCCAUCUCCAUCUUCCCAUUCACUGGAGGGCAAGACAAAAGCGGAGUGCAGACUUGGCAGCGGCGCCCGGCAGCUACUCAGCUGCCCGUGGCACGCAUGGCUCGCCGAGGAGGGGCCGCCUCCCGCGCGCCCUCCCUUCUGCCACCCUUCGCCCGCGCUCCCCGCAGCUCCGCUCGCCUGCUCGGCUCCGGCCCUGGCGGCGUCUGGGCCGGGGAGCGCGAGGAGCGGGUGGCCGCGUGUCCUUGGAGCGCUGGCCUUCAGGCGCCUCCGGCAGUCCCGCUAAGCAGAGCGCAUCCCGGCGGCGGCGCCUCCCAGCCGCGCUCCCAGCCUCAGGGCCGCUUGGGGACUUGCUCUGCAGCCCGGCCCACGCUCCUAGCCGCUUUCCAGCGUCUCUUGGGGCCCCUCGGCGUUUCUCCUCCCUACCAACCUUCUGAACAAAGUUGCUGGAAGAACCAACCUGGUCGCCGGGCAAACUGGCAAGAAUAGGGACUGUCAGGUGCAAGUGAAAUCUACCGUCCCCGCCCGCUGACCAAGCGCCGACCCUCAGCCUUACCCCCUCCCCAACGCAAAGGAGCCAAGGAAAGGAGGGAUCUCCGACCUGUGCGAGGUGGUGGCGGCGAGGACUAGAAAGAGAGGAGCGUGCGGAGGGCUGGUGCGCCCACCCCCAACCCCAGGUGAUCCCCGCCUCCGCGCUGGCCCUGGUCCCCUCCCUCUCCCGGCCGAGCGCGCCUCCGGGGUCAGUCUCUCCGGGCUGCGCGUGUGUGUAUCCCAGAGCUCCGCUCCGGGGUCUGGUCUGCCGCUGGCGGCUCCGCGCAGCACAGCCCUGCUCUAGAGAACUGGAGUAGAGAAGGAGAAGCCAACGGCAAAUUCCGGGCAGGAAGUCGACCUACCCUUGCCUCUGGCCAGGUCGCAGUGUAGCAACAAAAAUCACAUGUCAGUUCAGACAGCAGCAGGAAUAGCUGACUGGGAAGGAAAUAAUUGGAGGAGUAGUCCCAGCAGUAAGAGAGAAGAAAGAAAGACAUGGGCCUUGGAAGAUAGAUAGGAUAUGAGUAAAAUGAAACAAAGAGCAUUGCAAUUAGAGCAAGGUGUUGGAAAUGUAUGCUGCAGAAAUACUGCCUAAAACAUGGAAGUCCCAUAGCUGAAAGCACCAAACUUGGGUCCCCCUCUCCCCACCAAAAUGAAGACAGAAUGCAGCUGGAGAUGAUGAAUUUCAGUGUGGAUGUAGAUGUAGACAUAACAGCCAUUUCAAAAGAGCAUGUUUCACCUGUAAUAUCUGCUAUAACUGAAGUCAGCUGAUCUUGCUUUUAAACCCUUUUAGGAAUUCAAAAUCAGCUCAAUGGAUAAUGACAAAAGUGUUAACUUCUGUGACACCAUUCUCUAAAGAUGAAACCAUAAUGUCAUCAGGGGUGGUGUUAAAUGCCAGACUGAAGAGAAAGUGGAAGAGACUGAUACAGCGGAAUGCAAGGAUACUGGACCCCUGAGAGCAGCCUGUUGUCAUUGCUUGGCAUUUACAGCAUCUGUAAUUCAUUAGCUAUUCUUUAGCAAAACCCUGUGAAGUAGAUUCAUUUCUUUUUUAAUGAGGAAACAGAAAGAAGAUCCAGGAAUGAGCUCAAAGCAACCAAAAAAAUCUUUUCAGUAGUAAGAUAAACAAAUGUUACCAUGAGUCUGAAAGCUAGAAUUCUACAAGGGGAAGAAAUAUAUGGCCCCUGCUAAUUUUAACCAGGACCAUUGCCUGUGUAAUUGCAAUAAUAAUAAAAGCUACUGGUAUCUAUGUUUUACAAAGUGCUAUUAACUAAAUUACCUCAUUCAAACCACACACACACACACACACACACACACACACACACACACACAACAGAAGGUAGGAAAGUCAAAAAUUAGAUCCUCAUUUUACAAAGGGGAAAACUGAGGCCCAUAGAGGUUAAGCAAUCAGCCAAAUUAACCAACGAAGACCACCUAGCUGGCAAGGAAACAGAAUCCCAUGCAAACUCCCAUUAUCUGUUUAUUACCCCUCCCUAUCAUGUAGGUUUUGGCUACAACAAACCAACCUGAUGGCCAAGUCUGGUUAAUCCUGGAGUGCCAAGAUACAGGCCAACACACAGAUAUGUAACUUGUUAGUAA